AUGGCGCCGUCAACUACCUGCGUCGCGAGCCAACUACGCCAGCUCAUCUACUACCACAUCGAUAAUAACCUUCUCAAGAAUGCCCUCUUCUACGCCGAGCGUCUUGUAGCCUAUGACCACCGAAACCCCGAAUCCGCCUACCUCGCCGCCCUCUGCCACUUCCGACUCGGAGAUAAUGCUUCCGCUUACGAGUGCUCCAAACCGGCAGGGUCAAGAGGCACUCACUUGGCUUCUGCUUACGUGUAUGCACAGGCAUGUUUGGCUUUGGAAAGAUUUAAGGAUGGCAUAACGGCACUCGAAAAGAGUAAGGGGCUAUGGGGAGGAAGAAAUAGCUUCGGAAAACAUACGGCAUCGUCGAGGCAACCCCUGCCCGACGCGGCCGUGAUCCUUUGCCUACUGGGAAAGCUUUACCACGGAUACGACAACAAGGUCAAGGCGAUCACCUGCUACGAGGAAUCUCUGAAGCUCAAUCCGUUCAUGUGGGAUGCCUUCACGCGCCUGUGUGAUAUGGGCACGCCUUUGAACGUCCCGAAUAUAUUCAGGUUAAAUCCAGAGAUGGAGGCAGCCCUUAGAAUGAAUUCCCAGGACCAACAAGAAUCACAACCUCAUUCACAAGUCCAAUCGAGGGACAACUCCCACCAGCGGACGGAACACGAUCGACAUCGACUAGGAAACAGAUCCGCGCCUGUUGUUAGCGAGGUGGCAGAUCCGUUCAAUAACGUUCCUUCUCGAGGUUUUGCGGGGGGACUAUUCAAUACACUUGGUAUUUCGCAGAAGCUAAAUGAAAGCAAUCCCAGUCUAACAAAUCUUCCAGCUGCAGGGGGAGGAGGAAUUGGGCCAGAAGCGAUGGAAACACCCACCGGUCCGAGUGCUUCAGUCGACGUAUCCGCGGUGCUCAAUCGAAGAGAUCCUGGCCCGACAUAUCAAGGCGAGGUGCCUGCUGCACCAGCACGGAAGGGUAGAACGAUGCCAGGCCUGGGGAUGGACUUUAGUAUUGAUGCGCCCAAGAUGGGCCGCGGGGCUACGUCAAAGCGAGCACAGAGAUCAGCACAGCCAGAGUCUAUCGAAGAAUCAGCAGCUACUCAGUCUUUGCGGAAUAAUGGCCUUUUACCUUCGGCUGGAGAGCGAAAGCGUACAGUAUCUGGGCAGGUCGUUCCUAGGCAAGGCUCAGAAGAUCCGGGAGCACCACAACGCAGGAGUGUUAGAUUAUUCAACCAGAUCCGACCGGCGAGCUCAAAGUCUUCAAGCGUUGUACCGAAUAUUGGUCCAGCACCAGCACGAGAGUUGAAGAAGGCGAAGCCUCCUAUUUCUAGAAUCAUGCGACCCACUUCAAGUACCUCGACUGUUGGGCGCCAAGUUAGUGGAAACCGCAAACCAGUGGAAGAUUCAAUGGAUGUUGAUCAAAGAGAAUCCAACCAGCGCUCCUGGAUUGGAGCUGUCACCAACAUAGCACCACAAAGGUCUUCGGAAUUAGAUACUCAAAGGCAAGAGGAGGCGCUGCGUUUCUUACUAGAGCUCUUCAAAAAGUUUGGAAGUGGUUACUUUGCCCUUUCGAAGUAUUAUUGUUCGGAAGCUUUGCAAAUUUACGGCCAGUUACCGAGGGCACAACAAGACACCUCGUGGGUUUUGGCUCAGAUGGGACGUGCUCUUUACGAGCAAGCUGCGUACGCAGAAGCAGAGGCUUAUUACAAGCGGAUCCGGCAGACAAGUCCUUCCAGAUUUGAGGAUAUGGAGAUUUACUCGACAAUCCUAUGGCAUUUGAAGCGCGAGACCGACCUUGCCUUCCUUGCUCAUGAGUUGAUUGACGCAUCUUGGCAAUCCCCUCAGGCUUGGUGUGCACUUGGCAAUUCAUGGUCGCUGGCCAGAGAUCACGAGUCAGCACUUCGCUGCUUCAAGCGUGCAACUCAACUGAACCCCAAGUUCGCUUACGCCUUCACUCUUCAAGGCCACGAACAUGUCGCCAACGAAGAAUACGACAAGGCUCUGGUAUCGUAUCGCUCUGGCAUGGCUGCUGACAGGCGACACUACAACGCCUGGUAUGGUGUUGGCCGUGUAUAUGAGAAGCUGGGGAACUAUGACAAAGCAAAUGCCCAUUUUGAGGCUGCGUCCCACAUCAAUCCCACCAACGCAGUACUCAUUUGUUGCAUAGGCACCGUCCUUGAGAAGCAGAAGCACCCGCAGGAGGCGCUGGCUUACUUCUCAAGAGCUACGGAACUGGCUCCGAGGUCAGCUCUGACCAGAUUCAAGAAAGCUCGCACGUUGAUGGCCAUCAAUGAGUUGCCAGCCGCACUAGACGAGCUUACAAUUCUAAAGAACUUGGCACCGGAUGAGGCUAUGGUUCAUUUCCUCCUUGGGCAGCUUUACAAGAGGCUCAAAGAGCGAGGACAAGCUGUUCACCACUUCACGGUCGCUCUUAACUUGGAUCCAAAGGCGAGUCAGCAAAUCAAGGAAGCUAUUGAACUCCUGGAAGAAGACGAUGUCGAGACAAGCAUGAUGGAAUGA